AUGGGGAGGGCGGCGGCGCGCGGAUCUCGGCGGGGAACGGCUGCAGAGGUUGCAGCUCUGGCCGAGCUAGGCCAUGGGGAGGGCGGCGGCUCGCGGAUCUCGGCGGGCGACGGGCGGCGUGACGGCUGGGCGCGGGGGCUUCGGCCCUCGGGGCUUCGAUCUGAUUACAGAAGAUGGGCGUUGACGAGGAGAUCUUCGUUGUGGACCUCAAGAAGGGCGCCGUCUCCACAGGUCUCGAUUCGUCUCGUGCAGCCUUAUGAGAAUGCUCCUGGCGAUUAUGGUCUCCAAUUAUUAGAUAUGGAUAUUCUGCUCAAUGCAACAUCAGAAUCAGACAAAUCAGGACUUCAGGUUGCCAUACAUGCAAUUGGAGAUAAAGCGAACGAUAUGCUCCUAGAUAUGUUCGACAAGGUUGUUAGCUUGAAUGGAAUGAAGGACCGUAGGUUCCGGUUAUGUUUUUCUAUUGAGCAUGCCCAACAUCUAUCUGCAGGUGCAGCAAACUGCUCGAGAGAGCAUGGUAUCAUCGCAUCAGUGCAGCCAGAUCAUUUGUUGGAUGAUGCCGACUCUGCUGGAAAGAAGAUUGGGGUAGAACGAGCUGAGCGGAGCUCUUACUUGUUCCUGUCACUACUGGCUGGCGGUGCACAUCUGGCUUUUGGUUCUGAUUGGCCUGUUUCGGACAUUUACCCGUUGCAAGCUAUUAAAACUGCAAUGUCCCACAAGCUGCCCGGGUGGGAAGAGCCUUGGAUCUCCGAGGAGCGCUUGCCCAUGGAUGAUUCCUUGAAAGUGCACACGAUAUCUGCCACAUACGCCUGCUUCUUGGACCAUGUUGUGGGCAGCCUCGUCGAAGGGAAGUAUGCGGACUUCGUGGUCCUGUCGUCAACCUCAUGGUGCGAGUUCGCUGACGACACCCCGGGGCACGUCGUGGCGACCUACGUGAAUGGCAAGCAGGCCUAUCCGUAG